UAAAUAUAAGUCUUUUAAGAGGUUUCAUUAAAAAGACUACAUACGGAUGUAUAUAGAUAUGUUUUAGAAUAUAGAUUCAUUCAUUUCGCUUCGUAUGUAGCCUUCUAGUGAAAUCUCCGUAUGCCGCUUUACAUCCCUAUCUACAUUACAUGCUCUGCUCGGAAGGAAUGAUGGUUGGGCCAGCCAUAUGUGUACGGGUGGAUGCGCCUGUGUUUGGGUUGGGAGUGCAUCGAGGCGAUCGUGGGUUGGCCAGGCGCGAGAUCAUGGGAUCGUGGGCCCCAGGCAAGCGGAAGAAUGUUGGGGGCAUGGCUACAGGCAGGCGGUGCGUGUUUUUCUUUACCUUUCCGCGUUUCACCGGCUAUGUCUCCCUUGCUUUAGCGUUUUUGGACCCGCAUGUCUAUCUAUUUUAGCAUGCCAGUGCUGCUAUUGGUUGCUGCCAUGUGCCAGCAUUCUGUUGAUGACCGAGAGGUCACUUUUCGUUCAUCCUUCUCUUCUCGUCGUCUACCGCUCGCAUUCACUUUACCUGGUUUUGCUUCGUCGCCCUCAUUUGCUCGUUCGCCAUCGCCUCGUUGUCUCCGUGCUCUUUACCUGCUUUGCCUCAUGGCGCCUCGUGCUGCUUUGCCUUUGCAUUCGGUUAGGGUCCGCUGCGACUGCUUACUUGUGUGCAUGUGUGACAGCUCGUUCCUUCGUCCCGAGGUCUGCUGCGACUGAUUUUUCGUGUGCGCCUGUGAUAGCUCACUCCCUCUUCCUGAGGCUUUUCUUUCUAUGGGUUGCCUGCACAGAUAGUCCAUCUCCUCGGUCGAGCUUUGCAAAGGCUUUGUUGCGGUUCAGCUUGCUCGGCACCUCGGCUGUUCUCCUUCCUCAUCUGAAGGUCAAGAUCCACGCGAACACGAGCUUCUUCCACAGGCAAUGCACAUAUCGUCGGCAGAAGAACAGAGUGCACAGCUUGCUUGUCGAGGGGCAGAUCCUCACCGAGCACGACGAGAUGGCCCAGGCGGUCUUUGCUCACUUUGACGUGCUGCUAGGCACUGCGCCUGACCGUGCACACACGCUCGACCUCGAGCACCACAUUAUGCCCGCUGACCUGACGAGCGUCGAGGUGCCCUUCAGCCCCGAGGAGAUUUGGGAGGCUGUGAGGCGCAUGCCCGCGCACAAGGCGCUAGGACCGGACGGCUUUUCCGCGGAGUUCUUGCGCGCAUGCUGGAGCAUCAUUAAGCAGGACAUACUUGAGGUCUUCGAGCUGCUCUAUGCGCUGAGGGGCGCGGAUUCCACAGGCUUUAAUCAAGUGUUGCUCUUCUUCCCGCUCCCCUCCCUCUCCGCACGGAGCUCUUCUCUAUGUUGGCUACUUCUACAUUCAGAGUGGAUUCCUAAGUAACAAAUACGAACCUCCAAUCGCCUAGCUUGCUAGCUUUCUGUGGUACCAAGACAUCUCCCAGGUAUGCCUCGUCAUCGAACACUUUCGCUCGCUCCUUCCCGAGCUCACGUGGUCAUGGUGUGAAGAAACACCUCUCUCCCACUCAUUUUGCUUCCACUUUGACUGACCAUGGUUUAAAUUGUUAGGUAUUUGACGUGUUAUCGCCCUCCACAAAGCAAAUCAGGAGCUCCAACAAGCACAUCACUGAUCCACAGGGUACAUUUCACUAUUCCAGGUAAGAUCCAGCUCUCUUCUUGCUUUGUAGCCAAGAAGACAAAUCAGGUUGCUCCCCAUCUUCUUUAGAAUAUUCAAUGUUGUUUUAUACAAGCAUCUUUUAUAUAUUAACAUAAUGCCUAUUUAACCACAUAUCUAUAGAGAAGGAAAAAUAAUCUAUUUCACACUUGCCAAAGAUCACCCUAUGGAGAAAAAACAACUGCUGGCCCUUUCACCCGCCUAUAGGUAUAUAACUUUCUUCACGCUAUACCAAAUACCAUGGGAACAACUACAUAUAUAUGCUUACCUUUACGCCCUUAUGACACAUUCAUUUUUGCUACAACCGAUCAAUUGACUGAAUGGAAGCUAACAUGGAAAUACAUGAUAGAUGGCAUUUCUUCUUCACAAGGCUUCAUAAGCAGAGUUAAACACAAGACAAGACAAGUUACAGAGUUGUUUGCAUUCUAUGUGCCAACCCGCUCUGAUGGAUUGCAUGCACGCAAGCACCAGGUUGCACUGCUUAUUUCACAACACCUACAUUUUGGAUACCAACCAACAAUGUAUCCACCAUAUGGAAAGCCUAGUGAGUUGGUUUUGUAUUUGGAAAAUAGGCCUUACACAACUUAUGCACGCGUAGUAUUGUCCACUAGAAUAACCAUGACACUAGAUGAAACUAAAGUUGUUUGUUACCCUGUAAAGGAUGUUGGUGUGCCAGAAGAACUAACAUAUGACUUUCUGACUGAAGAUAGAAAAACAACAACAACUAAACAUUUUAAGCUCAAGAUUUAUGCAUACCCAUUGCAUCUUUGGACUAUAAGGGAAGUUGAGCAUGCGGUACAACCACAUUGCAUUGUGGAGCAUGUUAGUCCAGCCACUCUCAACUUUCGCAAACUUCGAUCAAUAAAUUGCACAACUUGGACUAUUAGAAAUCAUGUGCUAUUUCCAUGGUAUAUGCUCAUUCAUGUUUCAAGCAAAUAUGAUAGGACAGGAAACCAAAAUGAUAUGCAUAGAAAAACAAAGACAUUCUGUGUGGGUAUUGACAUAAUCAACAUCAAGGAUAACCGUCACAGGUGUGUUCAUAGAUCACAUAGGAGAACUCCUUCUUUCUUGGAGGCACUAAAGUGACAUACUCUCUCAUUCAUACUUAAACGAAGUUGAUAUACCAAAUGACCAAAUGAAGAUCUUAAAAUCAUCAUCCCUCCUAACAUCAUGUGAUGAGGGAAAAAUGAUGACACAAGAUAAGUUAACAUGGUGCCUCUAGAAAAUGCAAAUUGCAUUCCCCGGAAAUGUCAUAGCGAAGAAAGUUGAGAGUUACAAAUAACUUGUAUCUUUUAAAGGGCCAAUAAGCAUAACUUUCUUCCACACGUUAUCUGUUAACACUGCUAGGGUCCGACUACCAUUAGACAUCUUCUAAGUGUAGAAAUGGACAACAUAUGUUGGGGUGGUGUCUUCUACCCCCUCUCGAAGAGAUGAGAUAAGGAUUACAGGCUUGCUAACUGAAUUCUACAGCCUAGCUAUAAUUGACAACAUUUUGAUCCCUCAUUGCAUGCUAGAUAAUAACAACCAUCACCUUGAUGAUUCUCCUGAUAUGUGGCACUAUAACUGUACCAUAUGGAUAGAACAAAGAUAAUCCAGAUGUAAUAUCUAUACGGUCUGCUCCAGAUGGUUUGUCUAUAGAAACAUCACCUUUUCAAGAUCAAGUGCCUCUGGAGUUGUAUCAUGCAAGCAUUAUCCGCCAAUGACGCUACACUCCAAAGGGUUUAUCUAUGUGCUUUGCCCAUUGUAAAUAAUCUAUCGUAGGCUUCUUAUAGACUCCUAUGUAUCAGUAGUGGAUUGUGUUAGAAUGCUAUAUGUCAACACAAAGUUUCUAUUUCCUUAUUCUCAUCGUAGACUUCAACGCUUUAUGUCAGCAUUAAGUAAUCUUAGAAGACUAUGCAUGAACACUAAAUUCCUAUUUGGUUAUGUUGUAGUUAGUGCCGGUUGUUUUUACCUCUUUAAAGUGAUGUACCACAUAUUGCUUUAUGAAAUUUAUAUAUGCUAUUAACAAACCAUGUAAUCCUCUUCAUCUAUCAUGAUACAACUUUCACAUAUACAUGGUUUCAAGGCUCACUUGGCCGAUGCUUCUUGCGCCAUUGGCGCAACGGGUCAUCUAGUACUAAGGAAGAAAGAAAGCCUGUUUGAUCGUUGAAGGCUCGUCAUAUUUGUCAUUUAGAACAAGCUUAGAUUGAUGAUGAUGAUGUAUUAUGUCCGGGAUUGCUAUCUCAUUACUCUGAAUUGUUGUAGGCUUGUAGCUAUUGUGGAAUAAAUCACUAGCUUGAUGUGCUAAUCCUUUUGUUUGCUCGCUAGUAGGAGUAUUUGCUUUGACAAGUGAGUGAAUGGUAAGUGUGAAGCAUAUGGUUGUAACUUGAUUUUUUCUCAGUUAUGUAGUGACGCGACCCAAUUUAUCUUCAA